AUGCCGCCCAAGAAGCCGCCGUCCAAGCUGACAGCGCAGGGAUCGACGCUGAACCUGCCACCCACAGCGAACAACUACCGCCAGCCACUGCCAGCGCCGAUAUUGCCGCCGUCAGACUCAAUCCCACCGCUUUGGAGACCGAAUGCUGUUCCAACCGAGGUUUUUCCUGAAUGGACGGACCCUACAGCUCUGCCUGCGGAUCAUUGGGGGACUGCAGAACAGCCUUUUGAAGACUCUUUGACACCAGAAAACCUGCUUUUGCCGAAGGAGGUGAAAGAGCUCAGCGAUUCCAUUAUGUGGAAGCGUCCGUCUCAGUUUCUGCCGGUCAUCGUUGAUCCUGUGAUUCCUGCGACUCCACCGCCACCAACACCCGAGCCAAAAGCUGCCGGAAAGAAAGGAGCCGCUUCAGCUGCAAGGAAAGGAGAACCAGAGCCACCGAAAAGGCCUCCCCCGCCUCAACAUGCUCACGUAAGCUCUUCUACUCUACCAUCAACAACAGAGCAUCAUCACAACCACACACUACAUAUCCCUCGAGAUUUCCAACGACGGUGGAGCGCUGAGCAGAUUGAAACUCUUCAGGCUUGGGCCAAAGAGGAGGAACGCAUUGUACUUGAGCAACGACACCGUGAACGUAUGUACAUGGGAUUCGAAGAUGCCAUCGCGUAUAUCGUCAACGAGCGACCUCGAGAUCUCCUGGCAGAAGUGGAUUUUGAUGCAGACGACUUGGUGGACGACGGCCAAGACGAAGACGACGCCCUUACAAUAAACAUGGAUGUGAGCAAUGCGACGUCGCCGUGGGGGGUAAUGCCUCCUCCAAGGAUCGAGAUUGCUCCGAACGCAGUAUACAAACCCGGAAUUCCUCAUGGAGAUAUAAUUCACGCUAACAUGGCGUCGUACUUCCGCAUUGUGGAGCAGUUGUACAGCUCACGCCAAGACAACAACAGCAAUAUGGCGCCGUUUCUGUGGCAAGCUAUCUACCCUCAAGAUAACAGCGGGAAGCCAGUGUACAAUCCGGGUGGGAAGUACUGCGUCAAGUUGUAUGUCUUAGGAAGGUGGCGUCGCGUUGAUGUCGACGAUAAGCUACCGAUAGACGCCGAUGGGAACGUUAUCUAUCUGUCUAGCUCGGUGAAAAGUGAGAUCUGGCCGUGCUUGUUAGUGAAGGCUCUGUGUAAAGUGGCGUACUGGUUACAUCCACAGUCUCCUGAACCCGAAGCGAAGCAUCAAAGAAGCGCCGAUGGAAUGUGUCAAAACGUGGUUCAGAUCUUGUUAGCGCUCACCAGCUGGAAAGUCUCUCGGUGGGAGCCGAAAGCGAGUUUCGGUGCUAGUGAGAACGUCUUCCACCAGUUACUCCAGCCUCAAGCUGUGAUUUGUUGCGCAGGCGUCAAUCAAGUUGCCGACAUGGUUUUCGGUGAAGUGGUUCUGGUGACUGAUGUUGUUGGCGACACUGGCAACACCACGUUCAAAGUAGUUCGACAAGGCUCUCCAGCGACCAUUUCCGAGGAAACGAACGGUGUCAACGAGCUCGUGUUUCUGCUGGUUCACCCAGUCCUUCAAUACUCCGACACAUUUAUCCGCGGAUGGCUUCCAAAUCCAGAGCCUGUCGUCGAAGGUGUCGAAGAAGCACGUGCAGAACUCGUGCCGUUUGAAACUCCACGUGUACAAUUCGUGGUGAUAUCAAGGCACGAUGCCGCACCUGACCAGUCUCCAGGAGAUAGUUUAAGUGAUACGGCUGUAAAUCUCGUUGCCUCUUUAACUUCCGUUCAGCCACCCGAGCAAGAGCUGUAUAACCUCAACAAGUCGUCAGCAGUAAUAUCCACUCAUCUCGGUGUCGAUCCGAGUGGUAGCUUGAUUCUGAUUGAAGAGAUGGACAAGAAAGCAUCCUCGACGUCUUCAUUACCUGCGAUCCUGACACUGAACUCAACAUACUCGGAGUUUAUCAGAGUUUCUCCGGUGGAUAAAGGAAACAUCGUGUAUCGCGUCUACCCACAAAAAUCGCUGCGGUAUGGCUACAGCAUUCAUGUCGAGUCGAGCCACAAAGUUGCGUUUCAAGAUGCUCCGACGUACUGGCGCAGUUUGUCCAACCUCCACGUGAUCGAAUGCGACGGAGUACACCCAGUCAUGUUGCCAGGUACUUGGAACAUUUUGUUCAAACAAAGCUUUGAACUUGUUCCGUCGACCCAAGGAGACGAACGAUCGAAAUCGGCACCGGAACUGAGAAUUGAUCUCCAUCUAGUGGAGGAAUUGCUCGCAAACUUCACGCAUAUUUCCAUCGUGAACGAUGCCACAGGCGAAGUCAAGAGGGCCGGCACACUUUGCUCCAAGAUCACACUUCCUGUUGCUGCAAGUGAUGCUCCGAUUGCUUACACGUUGGUAGUCGACUGUGCCCCUGGCAACUUCUACGUCCGGGAAGGGAAAUGGAAACUUACACUUGCGAGUGACUGGGAAUUCUCCAAGUCAACAACGCACCAGAUGAAAUUGACGCAGUACGAGGGAGUUUACGAGCCGAACAAACCGUUGCUGUGCUUCCGAGAUGUGAUCAUGGCACCGAAGACGUCAAUCUGGACGAGUUUUCACUUCCAACUCUUACGCGACGGAGCUGUCGAGAGCGCUCUCGCUGCCAAGCUGGAGGUCUACGAUCUUGGUAGUAAUUCCGCCCGAAUCGGUGAGAAAAACUUCAAGGGGGAAGUUCGUUUGUUGCAGCUCCCGUGUGUAACUACAGCUGACGGUAAUCCACCUUCCGAGGAUAAGCGAGGCUACAUCAUCCAAGGCAGCAUCGACAGAGCCACCUGCAUCGUACCAGACGAGGUGCAAUCUCGUCGUCCAUGCCGCAGUCACUCGAAUCGUCCAUUAAAUGACCUGACAACCACGUCGGUGGAGGGAAACUCUGAUGUGCCACCACCUGGUUCUGCGCGCUCAUCUCGUGCUCAUUGCGACAUCAAAUGGCGACUCACUUGCUGGAGCUCGGAGGACGUAAAGUUACAGGAAGACAACACAAAAGAGCUGCAAUUCGAAGCCAUUCGAGCGUCGUGGGCCGAAAAGGCUGUCGAUCGCAACACUAAUGGCGCCGUGUCAAGGCUGCUGUACCUGGGUAAAGUGCAUGAAGCGGAGGUCAGGAUGAAGCAAGACAACAUGAUGGACGAGCAAAUCGCCAAGGUGAAAAGCCGCUUCGAGUGGAUUCAAGCGGUCAAAGCUAAGAUUACAUCAGCAGGAGUCAAUGAAUCGUAUCUCGAGGAAGCCCCAGGCAGCGACGAAAAACUGCUAUCGGAAGACGAACUCACCGAAAGCAAGCGUCUCUUGCUUGAACGGAUUGGUGCCGUGGAAGCGGACAAAGAACAGCGCCGUGUGGCCCGUGCAUUGGCCAAAGAGAAGCGCGCCCAGGAGCUGAAAAACAUAGUACGAGCCGUGAUCGACAGACGUGCGAGCUCUCUCAAGAAGCAACAGGAGCUGAAAAGGCAACUCGCAGCAGCUCUGACUCAGUCAGCCUAG